AUGGCUGGUGAGAACAGUUUUAUAGUGUUGGUUCACCACAGAGGAUCGAUUAAGAGGAAAACUCGGUCAGGUGUAAAGUUCACCGAUAAGGAUCCUCUCUGUAUUAUCGUGAGUUCUACGACGAGCUAUGAUGACCUUGCUAGGUCUGUAUUGCAGAAACUUGGUCUGGAAGGUGUUAAACGGGUUAAGAAGUUUUUCUAUCGCAUUCCAAUCACGGUGCUCCAAGAUACCGUGAAGUAUGAUUGCUUCACGAUAGGGAGUGAUGAGGACCUGCAGAAUACCAACACUUUAGCGACAGUUGCCGAUUCUAGCUCAAGUCCUGCCUUUGCAUCUUUCACAGUCCCUGCGUACGAGCCACCCGCCCCGCCUGUCGCCUCCCUUUCGUUCGCUGUUGAUCUCAACAGUAGUGUUGGCGACGAGGUUGGAACAGCAGAACUUGUACCUACCUCUGUACACUGUGCUGCACCGGCUGGGGCUGGAGAUGAAAUAUUUGAUGAUGUAGAGGACGAUGAUGUCGAGCCAGAUAUGAUUGCUGAUGAUAGUGCCGAUGAUAUCGGAGCCAGUGAGCCUGCCGGUGCCGGUGGUGGCUCUAGCUCUGGCACACAGCAGUACCCUCCACAUUUUUCAUCUUUGGACCUGGAUGCCAUGAGGCAGCCGGGGGUACCUUGCGAGGUUGCAGGAUUUGGCGCAAGAGAUGCAGAAGGGUCAGCUGGUAUGACAGAGUUCCAGGUUGGUCAGCAAUUUCAGGAUAAGGAGGAUGCCCUGUUAAGUGUGAAGAUUUACAUCAUCCGCCAAGGUGUACAGUACAAGGUUGUGGAGUCUGAUUAUCGCUGUUACGUUGGCAAGUGUUCUGAGUUCAGGAAUGGGUGCACAUGGUUGAUUCGGCCGAGUCUCCGGCAGCGCAAGGGCAUAUGGGAGGUCAAACGGUACAAUGGACCGCAUACUUGUCUCGCUAGCUCUAUCUCCAGUGAUCACAGGAGUUUGGAUUAUCAUGUGAUAUCGGCAUUCAUUAUGCCAAUGGUUAGAGCUGAUGCAUUCGUUAGCAUCAAGGUGCUUCUAAAUGCGACUGCCUCGCACUAUGGGUUCAGGCUGACCUACAAGAGGGACUGGAUGGCGAAGCAGAAGGCUGUUGCGCUCAUUUAUGGUGACUGGGAUGAGUCUUACAACAAGCUCCCAAGGUGGGUGUUAGGAGUGCAGGUGAUGAUGCCUGAUUCUAUUGCAGUUCUUCGGACUAACCCUGUUCGAGUUGGGGGACAGCUGGACGAAUUUAAGGCAUACUUUUCACAGACUGUUUUGGACUUUCCCACCGUGUAUCGAGGCAUUUCGUCAUUGCAAGCCGACGGGAACUCCAACAUACUCCCCGUUGCAUUCGCAUUAGUUGAGGGUGAGAAUGCUGAGUCUUGGUCAUUCUUUCUCUCCCACCUCCGUCAGCACGUUACACCACAGCCGGGUCUGCUCGUUAUCUCUGACAGGCAUAACGGCAUCAAGGCCCCCCUUGAGGCUCCGACGGGGGCUGGCUACCUCUGGCUGCAUACCAAACUUUCUGCAUUCGUCACGUAG